GGCUGCACUGGAUCACAUGAAGGAACUGUGGAACGACGAGUUCUGGCAGAACCCCUGGGAGCAAGGGGGGCUGGUGGUGAUUGGUUUGUUCAUCACCACAGUGCUGUUUCUCAUCUUGUUUGCGGUUGUGUUCGGCUUACUUCCUCCAAUGGAGAAGACCCAGUAUGAAGAAGACUGAGCUGCUCGCCCACAUGGGCAGGGGGCCUCUGCCGUCUCCUCAGGCCCGGGACCAAGGCCCUGGAUCUUCUUCUCCAAUCAGGAAAGGGCCCAGACACCGCAUCAGGCAUAGGGGUUGGUCCAACUAGCAGGAUGGAGAGGCUGUUCUGAGACCCACUUGGGUCCCCCUCCUGCUGCCCCCAGGUCCCUGUGAGAAUCGGUGGAGGGUUUCUCUGUGGCCUCAGGGGAUAGAAGCAAUGACCAGCAGCUCCUCCAGGAGGCUGAGGGCUCAGCCAACAAUGGGCAAAUCCUUGACCGGAAGGACACAAAAGCAACCAGAUGAAGUAAAAAUUCUCUUCC